AUGGAAUUGUGUCUUUCAUUAGCGGAUAACUUGAAGCAUUUGAAUUUGGAAUUGUGUAAGCUGGUUUCUAAUGAAACCCUUAGGGCAAUUGGGUCCUCAAGUAGUUGGAUUAGCGUUUUGAAUUUGGCAGGCUGUGUGAAUAUCACGGAUUGUGGAUUGAGAUUUUUGACAAACGGGUCUUGCUCAAAAACCAUAAAGGAAUUGGUCCUUAAGGGGUGUCAUAGAAUCACUGAUUCUGGGGUCUCACUCUUGCAGAAGAUGUGUGUCUUGGAGGAGCUAAAUUUGACUCAUUGUCGGCGAGUCACUGAAGUUGGAGGCGUGGCGAUCUCCGCAAUUCUAACCCUCAAGAAAUUGAACUUUGCUUGGGGCCCCAAAGUCACAGACCGCACCAUUCUCGCUCUCGCUGAGAAUUGCCUCAACUUAGAGAUGCUUAAUUUGAGAGGUAAUGGAUUCGUGACUGGAGUUGGUGUUCGUGCAUUUUUAAGUCACAAACGCUUACAAUCCCUUGAUCUACGCUACAUUCGGAUUCAUGUUAGUGGAUCUGAUUUGGAAGACCUAGUGCUUGCAUGCCCAUCAUUGAAGUCUAUACUGGUAGAGGGUGGAUGGAGAAAAAGGUUGUUGCGUGAGAUGCAAGAAAGCACUCUUAGUAGAUUCGUGAGCAAUUAG